UGUCCGGGGCAAGAGUGGGCUCACCUCUAUGAUCUUCUCCUUCUUCUUCUGGUCAGCCUUCUUGGACUGGGCGGCGCCUCCCUUCUGGGCGUUCUUGGGGGGCAUGGCGGCAUAGGAAGCGUGACUCGGGGCUCAAGUCAAGGCUAUAUAGGUGGUUGGGGGUGUGAAUAAGGCAGGGCGGCCUACACCACACGGCGCCGCCACACUGCUGCUGCUGCUGCUGCUUCCACAACACCUCUUACAUUUAGGGUCACUUUGAUUUUCUUAUUUUGUGGGGUGUUACUUUUUUAUUAUUAUUUUUUUGGGGUAAUGUGUUUUUUUUUUUAGAAUUCCUGGGCGCCUCAAACCAUUGCAAGAUUCGGGGAGUGUGUGUCGGGGAGAAGGGCGCUGUUUCCCUGACUGCCGUGACAGUCCACAUGGGCCUCGGGUCAUGGCACACCCAAGCAAAGUAGCUUUUCUUCCUGCAGGUCCAGCCAGCACAUAAAACCGAUCUUUUCAUAUUGUUUACUAUCCAUUGUCCAGUACAUCCUAGCCAAACAUUUAUACUCCUGGCGCCUGAAGACUGAACACAUGGAGGAGAGGCUCUGGAGAAGGCGAAAUCGUUGCACCCUUAUACAGACGGGUAGAUUUCGGUAUAAAGUGUAUUGAGGGAGCAAAAAGAACAACACACCAAUUUGGGGAAGUAAGAGGAGGGAAACAGAAGAAAACAAGAGUCGGAGAGUGAGAAGGACAUGAAGGAGUGGAAGACACUUUGAAAAUCGUCAUAUUGAGAAAAUAUACCUUAUAAGGCUCACUGGAUCGUUGCUAACACUGCUACUAUCACCGCCACCGCCAGCAACAGCAGUAAUAACAAAAAUUCAUCAUAAUUCAGAAACAAGAGGAGCAGAGAGUGGAUUACCCAUAGCAAGAACACUCAGCAGGAAGGCCAGGCAUUGUGUGGCCCGUUGUGCGGCAGAGAGGACACCAUGAAGCGGCCUUAUUUCCAGGAGCGCUCACUGCCCGCCAGGGUGGAGAAGUUCAUGAGCGAGAACAAGCACGUGGACCUGGAGGACAUGACAGACCACCUCAUCAACAAUUACCGUGAGUUCCGGGGCAAGAACAGGAAAGCCUUUAUGAAGAGUGUUGAGAAAGCUUAUGAGUGGCAGCUGUAUUGCCAACAGCUGGACCAGGACAGUGGCGAGGACAUAGAGGACAGCGAUGGAGGUGGCCCAGACAUACUGGAGAUAACUGAACCUGACACACUGCCCAGGCAGGGGAAGAAUACCAAUGUGAUGCUGACCAAGAUGUACAAGUCUGCCUCUGCCAACUCCUCCCCCAGACCCAAGAAGAAAAAUGACUUCUUUGUGCUGGACACUGAGGGCAACUCCUCCUUCAACGGAACCAGGACGCCAGAGGCAAGUGCAAGGAAGAAGCGAAAGAAGGAGAAGGAGAGGGAUGGAGACAUAGAGGAACUGAUAAAGAGAAAGAAGAAGAAGCAGCUCACAGCAGAGGCAUCUAGCAUCAUGUUGGCCGACAUGGCAGGCAUUGAGGCGCUUGAGGAGCAAAUCUGUGACCUGGCUGGCAACUUGCGGUGGCCAGGUGUGCUGCAGCCCCUCAUCAAGUCGGCCCUCGUGACGGGUCCCUCUGGCAGCGGGAAGACCACAUUUGGACAGGCCUUGGCAGGGACAUGCGAGGCACCGGUAGUGAGAGUGACGGCCACAGAGCUGGUUGGCGGGUUGUCUGGGGAGAGUGAGGAGCGCAUCACAGAGGUAUUUGAGCAGGCGGCCUCGCUGUCACCUUGCGUUCUGCUGUUAGAGAAGCUUGAUGUUGUGGCGCCCAAGGACAGCAGCACCACCAAGGGCUUAGAGAGAAGAAUUUCCACUCAGCUGUCCUCCUGUCUGGCAAACCUCAAAACCAAACACAAGGACAAGCAGGUGCUGGUGCUCGGGGAAACAAGCCGUCCAGAGAAGCUUGACUGGGACCUACGGGGAAGCUUUGACCUUGAGGUGUUCAUGGCCAUCCCCACUGAGGAGGCACGGGGCAAGAUACUGAAGCUGCUGUGUGAGGGCUGCGUUGUGGACAGCAGUCUGGGCGGCAGCUUUGAGGAGAUUGCUUACCGCACCCCAGGCUACGUGGCAGGUGACCUCAAGAAGCUGGUGGAGAAGGCACAGAGUCUGGCAUGGAAGAGGAAGAAAGUGAGUCUACGUGACGGCACCAAGGGAGGUUCUCUGGAGGAUCGAGUGAAGGACUUCCUGGGCCAUCUGGGCAUGAUAUGUGAGGCUGAGGAGCAGAAGAUCACUGUCACUGUCACCAUGGAAGACUUCAUGGAGGCACUACUGCACAUCACUCCCGCCCUGAAGAGAGAAGGCUUUCCCACUGUCCCGGACGUCACCUGGCAGGACAUUGGCGGCUUGGAGGACAUCAAGCGAGAACUGAGAGAAAAGAUCCUUGAACCUAUCAAGUUUGCCAAGCUGCACGAGGAGCUUGGACUGAGCCGGCCCAACGGUGUGCUGAUGUGGGGACCUCCAGGGUGUGGCAAGACUCUGCUGGCCAAGGCGGUGGCCAAUGAGGCUGGCGUGAACUUGCUGCCAGUCAUGGGGCCAGAGCUGCUCAACAUGUACCAAGGAGAGAGUGAGCGGGCGGUGAGGGAAGUGUUCUACAGGGCCAGAAACGUUGCUCCGUGCGUCAUCUUCUUUGACGAGUUUGAUUCCCUGUGUCCUGUGAGAAGCAAAGGAGAACAGGGCGGGAGCAAGACCACCAUCGUGAACACCCUGCUGACAGAGAUGAAUGGGUUUGCUAAGAGAGAGGACGUGUAUGUCAUUGCAGCCACCAACAGGCCUGACAUCCUUGACCCAGCUGUGACCAGGCCAGGGAGGUUUGACACUCUUCUCUAUGUCGAUGUCCCAGAUUAUGAAGGCAGGGUGUCCAUCUUUAAAGCCAGAACGAAGAAUGGCACGUGUCCUGCCUUGGCCCCUGACGUCAAGCUUGAGGAAGUGUCCAGGCUGUGUGACAACUUCUCUGGUGCUGACUGUGACCAGCUGGUGUACCUGGCUGGUAAGGAGCUCAUCAGGGAGGUCAUCCAUGCCACCACCUCCUCCUCAGCCACCUCAAGCCCCAGCCAGCCCUCAGAUGGCUCAGCAGAGAGGAGACUCGUGGCCAGAAGACACUUUUCAGCCGCACUAAGGAAGAUGAAGCCAUCCAUCUCAGCUGAGGAACAAAGACGCUACAAGAAGCUGUACAGUAAGAUGGAGGCCGGCCGGGUGCAGGGGACUCUUCAAGGUUUCCCAGAGGACGCCCCACCCCUUGCUCUGCCCCCACCAGAUGAUACACAGCCCAUGGAGGUGGCCAGUGACAAGGAUGCUGCUGCCACUAGUUGAGAGAAUGAAUUGGGCUGUUAGUUUUUUAUUUAUUUAUUUUUAAUUUUAUUCUACUUUUAUUUUUAUGUAUACAUUUUUUUUUUCACUCAGUUGAGGGAUGAUGAAAGACUAAUAAACUUCUCAUUAUUUGCA